UCAGAAUUUGAGAAGAAAGGAAAGAAAGAAGUACAUCCGGAACUUGAUCAGUUUCUUUGCCAUGUGGCGAAAACUGGGGAGACCAUCGUCCAGUGGCUCCAGUUUAAAGAUUACUUCAUGUUCAAGCUAGAGAAGGUUAUGGAUGAUUUCCGGACAGCUGCGCCAGAGCCCAGAGGACCUCCUAAUCCAAAUGUGGAAUAUAUCCCUUUUGAUGAAAUGAAGGAAAGAAUACUUAAGAUUGUCACUGGCUUUAAUGGGACACCGUUCACUAUUCAGCGACUCUGUGAGCUGGUCACCGACCCCCGGAGAAAUUACACAGGCACAGACAAGUUUCUUAGAGGAGUGGAAAAGAAUGUUAUGGUGGUUAGCUGUGUGUACCCUUCUUCCGAGAAAAACAAUUCAUCAGGCCUGAAUCGGAUGAACGGAGUGAUGUUUCCAGGGAACUCACAAAAUUACACUGACAGAUCAAACAUAAAUGGUCCAGGGGCACCAAGACCACUGAGCAAAUCUAAGCUGUCGUUAUCGAGCCCCACUACGUCUAACGGUUUACCUGACGGCGCUGAGAAUAAAGACUCCGAUGUGCCUCAGAAAGACAAAACUCACAGCGACAGUGACUCCCUAUCACCUGAUGAGAGCUCUCCUUCAAGCACUGUGAAGAAUAAACACUUGGAGGAAGACCCCACAGAGGAGCACGAGGUGAAGAGGCUGAAGUUUGACACAGAGGACGAAGAGGAGGAGCAGGCUGCCGAAUCAGAGACCUCAUCCAGCCAGACUUCCAGUGAAAUGGCUGAAGAAACUGAAGCUAUAACUGCAAGUGAGGAGAAAGAAUCAGACAACAGUGAUUCGGAACAUACUUCAGAAGGUGGGCAUCAGUCUCUGGCCUGCAGUUCCACAGCAUCAAAGUUGACAUCUGCUGGACUGCAUACAGCAGAGACCUCUGACAAGCAAACCAGCGAAUCUGAAACUGUGAGCAACUCAUCCUCUGAGGAGUCUCUUCAAAUGGAGGAAUCAGGACAAUGUGAGGCAGAGAGGGAUUUGCAUAGCGAUGGCGAGGAGGCUGCAACGGCAGAGAGCGCGGCUGCCAUAAGUAAAGUUGACACUGACCGCAGUGACACUGAGCAGCCGGGAACUUUUGAUAAGUCCCCUGAAAUCCCCCCAGAAUCCCCCAUGGAAAACAGCGAGGAAGCCACAGAUGUAGCAGAUGAACCUAUGGAACAAGACUAA